GAAUAAUCAGAUUAAUUGUUUCUUGCGUCAUACCAGUAUAAUAUGCUUCUACAGCAGGUGUAAAUCUUACAUUUAUAAAGCAGAGAAUUAAUAUGAUCUGACGAAACGGUGGUACAUACUCGUAUAUAUAAAGAGAGGAAUAUACAAAGACUGAGACAUCAGACAAGAAGGUAUAAUACAGGUCUCAGUAGCUAUCAGCUAUCUUAUUUCAAAGCUUGGCUGAAAUAUUGUGACUGAUGGAGAACAGGAAAUCAGGCCUUUGAAUUAGGAUUAAUUUAAGAUUUAUUAGAGAAUAAUUCACGGAGAAGAAGCCAGCUUCACAAUGUACUCUAGCAAUCAUGUGAUAGAGAAUGCCAAUGGCGACUUUACAUUUACAAAGCCUAGCCCAAUGACCAGCAAGCGUCAGGGUAUGGCUGUAGUAUACCCAAUCGAGGAAGGAAGUCCUGGUCGGAUGAUUUAUCCACCAAAGCAACAGGAAAAUAAACUACUGAAUCAAUCAAACAGCAAUGGAUUAAAUGGACACGCUGAACCAAUAGAACAAAUACGCUCAAAUGGAGUAGGCCUCGAUAAAAAAGUAACCAUUUUAUCGCUCGAUUCAGAGUCCAAGAAACGUAGAGAUAAACGUUCAAAGAAAUCGUCAAGUUGCCUCAGCUGCAUUAGUAAAAAGGGUAAGUACUAAUAAUACCAGUGCAGACAUAAUGAACCAGAUGAUCGGCUUACAUUGAUCUUCCUUCCAUUGCCUUUGUCUGUGUAAAUGAAGUACAAAUAUUUGAUUUUUUAAUAAUACAUUAGAUUACACUCCUGUUGUACCUUGCAAGUAAAUACAUGCUGGCUUAUUUUGGGAUGGUAUGUUUUUAAGUUUUUCAAUUUUGAUUGAUCAAGAAAACAAGAAUUGUCUACAGGGCUGCUUCUAUGUUAUUUUGUUAUUAAUUGAUUUAUCUUUCUUG